AAUAGAAAUUAAAAGUAGAGCUUUGGUAACAUGAAAGUAUCAGUUAACUGAUUCUUAACUAACCCUGUCCUAUGCAAAAUUUCACAAAUUCUCUGUAUCUUUGAAGUUUCAGGUGCCUCAUUAUUUCCAGUUUCCCAUUCAAAUGCAUGGAUUCUGUUUCAUUUUUCUCAGAUGAAUCUGUAAGACUGGUCAAUGGUAAAAACAGCUGUGAGGGACGUGUUGAAGUCUUACGCAAUGGAUUGUGGGGGACCGUCUGUGAUGAUUCCUGGGAUCGAAAGGAUGCAACAGUCGUGUGCAAGCAGCUUGGUUGUGGACGCGCUAUCACAGCAUAUGCAAGAGCUUACUUUGGUCAGGGCUCAGGAAAUAUAACUAUGGAUGAUGUAAAUUGUAGAGGGAAUGAGGACAGAUUGGAGGAAUGUACUCAUAAAGGAUGGUAUCUCCAUAAUUGCAACCAUGGAGAAGAUGCUGGUGUCAAGUGCUCAGGUUAUUCUACACCUGCUCCUCCGGUGAUAACGACAACCCCUGCAAAUCAGUGUGGAGGCCAAUUCACAAAAGCUUAUGGAUCCUUCUCUGGAUCUUAUUAUUCUGGAAGCCACAUCAAUGAGACCUGUGUCUGGAUAAUUCGCGUGAGGGCCUUUGAACGCAUCAAUAUUAAGUUCAAUUCUAUAAGCCUGGACUGUGAUAAAGAAAGUAUUGAGAUUUAUGAUGGACUCCAAUAUAGUUCAUCUCCAAUUGGAAGAAUUUGUUCUGCUGCCUAUCUCAACUAUACCUUUUCAUCAACUUCCAACAUAAUGACAAUAGUUUUGCAUAGAGAUUCAGAUUAUUCAGGAAAUGGAUUCUUUGCUCAUUACUACUCUGUUCCAGCAGAACCGAUACCUACUACACCAACUACUGCUCCUAAAGCUACGAGGCUUUUGUGUUCUGAUGGACACAUGAGUGCAUGGAUCAGCAUACCUUUUCUCCAUUCAGCCGGUUAUAAUGCAUCGCAAGUUUACCUGAACUCUUCAGAUAGAGAAUGUUCAGCUCAAAUCAGAGGCGAUUAUGUUUACUUUAAUAUAUCAUUCUAUGGUUGUAACACAGAGAUAAGGACAAAGAAUAAUGACACAAUAAUUUAUUACAAUGUAAUCAAGACAAUCAACUCCGAUUAUAUUAUUACAAGAAAGAAAAAUUUUCAAUUUCAUGUUUUGUGUGAAAUGAAGCAGAAUACUAUUGUGGAGACGAUGUUUAUUGCUCACAAUGCGAUUGACCUGACUCAAAGGAAAAUUGGCCAUUACAAUGUUUCUCUGGCAUUCUAUUCCUCACCAUCAUUCAGCCGUAGAAUUGUGGGAUCACCAUACUACGUUUCACUCAACCAGAAUUUAUAUCUCCAAGCUACUCUGCACAGUUCUGAUCCAAAUCUUAUACUCUUCCUAGACACAUGUGUCGCGUCUCCAGAUAGUAAUGAUUUUAGAACCUUGACCUAUGACUUAAUCCGAAGCGGAUGUGCACGAGACUCUACUUAUAGAAGCCUGUCCUCACCAAGAAACAAUAUAGUUCGUUUCCAAUUCAACUCCUUUAAGUUCCUUAACGAGUACAAUUCAGUUUACCUACAAUGUAAAUUAGUAGUGUGUAGACUAGAUGAUCAUUCAUCUCGAUGCUACCAGGGAUGUUUAAUGAGAAAGAAGAGAGGUGUGGACGAAACUCAGGAGAAGAUUAAUGUUGUUGUGGGACCACUCAAACUUCUGAAAGAUGAGAAUCAAAUCCAAAAAUGGGCACAGGAUCUACGCUUAGUAAAUGGAAGCAACAGAUGUGCCGGAAGACUAGAGGUUUAUUAUAAAGGAAUUUGGGGAACUGUUUGCGAUGACUACUUUAAUCCAACCAAUGCACAAAUAGUGUGUAAACAACUUGCAUGUGGAAAUGCAACUAAGGUGUUAGGGUGGGCGUACUUUGGCCAAGGAUCAGGGGCCAUCAGUCUGGAUGAUGUAAGAUGCACAGGAAGUGAACCCACUAUCUGGGAUUGUGCUCACGCCGGGUGGUUCAAUCAUGACUGUAAACACAAUGAGGAUGUCGGUGUUAUUUGCUCAGGCGAUACAGAAAUGCCAACCCCAACUCCAAUUUUUACAUCUGAAGAUACCACAUAUUUCCUAACUGAAAAAACCACCCAUCCAGCAACUGAGAAAGAAAUAACACUUACUAUGAGAACAUUAGAAAUGUCAAAUGGAACCACAACUUCAUCUAAGGCUACCCAUUCAAUAACCCAGAAGGAAGAAACAGUGACGCCAGGCUUGGCAGCCACUUCUCAAGGCACUGUAGAAGACUUGAAGACAUCUGCUCCCACCUCCAUAACUGGUCCUGCUGUCACCACCCCACCCCCUGAACUUUCUACACCCUCUGCAGAUGUGACUACGCAGCAAAUAAGAGAAAAAUCUCUGAGACUGGUGAAUGGAGAAGACAAAUGUCGUGGUCGCAUUGAGGUCUACUACAAUGGAAGCUGGGGAACAAUUUGUGAUGAUGGCUGGGACGUGAAUGAUGCACACGUUGUGUGUAGGCAGCUUGCCUGUGGAAAAGCCAUUGAAGCCCUACCUAAUGCUGCAUUUGGGGAAGGAACUGGCAGCAUCUUCCUGGAUCAGGUCCAGUGCAAAGGGAACGAAUCCUCUCUUGAAGAGUGCUCUCAUAAACCUUGGGGCGUUCAUAACUGUCAUCACAAGGAAGAUGCUGGGGUCAUUUGCUCAGGUCCUGCUGUCAGCACAGCACCCCCUGGUCCUGCUGUCACCACACCACCACCAGAACUUUCUACAACUUCCACAGAGCUGACUACGCAGGAAAGAAGAGAAAGUACAUUGGUAACGACAACAAGCUCAUUGACUGUACGGUUGAUGAAUGGAAAAAACAGAUGCCAGGGUCGACUUGAAAUCUUCCACAAUGGGAACUGGGGAACAGUCUGUGAUGACGGUUGGGACUUACAAGAUGCAAAGGUUGUUUGCAGACAACUUGCCUUAUCAGAACUUUCUACACCCUCUGCAGAUGUGACUACGCAGCAAAUAAGAGAAAAGUCUCUGAGACUGGUGAAUGGAGAAGAUAAAUGUCGUGGUCGAAUUGAGGUCUUUUACAAUGGAAGCUGGGGAACAAUUUGUGAUGAUGGCUGGGACAUGAAUGACGCACAAGUUGUGUGUAGACAGCUUGCCUGUGGAGAGGCCAUCCAAGCCCUACCUAAGGCUGAGUUUGGGGAAGGAACUGGCAGCAUCUUCCUGGAUGAGCUGAAGUGCAAAGGGAACGAAUCCUCUCUUGAAGAAUGCUCUCAUAAACCUUGGGGCGUUCAUAACUGUCUCCACAAGGAAGAUGCUGGGGUCAUUUGCUCAGGUCCUGCUGUCACCAAACCACCACCAGAACUUUCUACAACUUCCUCAGAGCUGACUACGCAGGAAAGAAGAGAAAGUACAUUGGUAACGACAACAAGCUCAUUGACUGUACGGUUGAUGAAUGGAAAAAACAGAUGCCAGGGUCGACUUGAAAUCUUCCACAAUGGGAACUGGGGAACAGUCUGUGAUGACGGUUGGGACUUACAAGAUGCAAAGGUUGUUUGCAGACAACUUGCCU